AUGGAAUUUAUCAAGACGAACAAAACGAACGAGACGAAGACGAAGAACAAGGCGAAGACGACGGCGACGAAGGCGAAGGAGAACACGGCGAAGAGAGAAGAAGGACACGUCUCCCUACAGGACCAAGGCAACUUCACUACGUCCUACACAUACUCCCCCAUCGUCUUCACCAUGGAGAUGAACGGCGCCGCCAAACGCAAGCACUCAGGCAGUGCCAUGUCCCUACCCUCCGCCAAACACUUUCGACCAGACCCAGCAACACCUGCCAUCACUCCCUCCGGCGACCAGACCCCCGCAGACGUAGCGAUGUAUACGUUCGACGACGGUGACUCUGAAGCUGCUGUCAGGUCCCUGCUACCGGCCGUCAGCCAGGUACAAACAGACUCAGCGGAGUGGCAGGAAACCAUUGAGAAGGUCGUGCGUUGUGUCGUGUCUAUUCAUUUUUGCCAAACGGCUUCCUUCGAUACCGAUUUGUCCAUGGCGAGUCAAGCUACUGGGUUCGUCGUGGAUGCGAAGAAUGGCUAUAUCUUGACGAAUAGGCAUGUUGUCUGUGCAGGUCCAUUUUGGGGGUACUGUAUCUUUGAUAACCACGAAGAGUGUGAUGUUAAACCCAUAUAUCGAGACCCCGUUCACGACUUCGGUAUUCUCAAGUUCGAUCCGGCUGCGAUCAAGUACAUGCCUUUGACAGAAUUGCGGUUACAACCCGAGUCAGCCAAGGUAGGCGUGGAAAUUCGAGUGGUGGGUAACGAUGCAGGAGAAAAAUUAAGUAUCCUGUCCGGUGUUAUCAGUCGACUGGAUCGGAAUGCCCCUGAAUACGGAGAAGGAUACAGUGAUUUCAACACAAAUUACAUCCAAGCGGCCGCGGCCGCAAGUGGUGGUAGUUCUGGCAGUCCGGUUGUCAACAUCGACGGCUACGCCAUUGCGCUACAGGCUGGUGGACGUGCAGACGGUGCUGCUACGGACUAUUUCCUUCCACUAGACCGCCCUCUCCGAGCGUUGCAGUGUAUUCAAAAUGGGCAACCUGUCACACGCGGCACGAUUCAGACUCAGUGGAUCAUCAAGCCUUUUGAUGAAUGUCGAAGACUUGGUCUAUCGCCGGAGUGGGAGGCAGCUGUGCGACUGGCCGCACCCAAAGAAACGGGCAUGCUUGUCGCGGAGAUCGUGCUUCCUGAGGGCCCUGGAGACGGGAAGCUCCAGGAAGGUGAUGUCCUGAUCAAUGUGAACGGAAACCUCCUCACUCAGUUUGUCAAACUAGACGAUAUCCUUGACUCGAGUAUCGGACAGGAAGUCCGUUUGCUGAUACAAAGAGGCGGCGAAGACAUCGAAGUCAACUGCAAGAUACAGGAUCUGCAUGGGAUUACUCCUGCACGAUACGUCAGUGUUGCCGGCGCUAUAUUCCACGAUUUGUCCUACCAGCAGGCGAGAUUGUAUUCUAUCCCAUGUCGGGGAGUCUACGUCUGUGAAGCCGCAGGCUCUUUCAAGUUAGAGAGCGCAUUUUCCGGUUGGAUCGUAGAUUCCGUUGAUAAGAGACCGACCAAGAAUUUGGAUGAAUUCAUUGAAGUUAUGAAGACCAUACCAGAUCGCGCUCGAGUCGUUUUGUCGUACAGGCACAUCCGCGACCUACACACUAGGGGAACUAGUGUCGUGCAUAUAGAUCGUCAUUGGCACCCGCAGAUGAGGCUCGCCGAGAGAAAUGAUACAACAGGCUUAUGGGAUUUCACAGACCUGGCCGACCCUCUCCCAGCGAAGCCACCUGUUCCCAGGAAGGCGGAUUUUAUCCAUCUCGACGGCGUCAAGCAUGCUGCCGCCAAUGACAUCGUCCGCAGUUUUGUCCGUGUGUCUUGCACCAUGCCAGUUAGACUUGAUGGGUUUCCACAAGCCCGGACUCACGGGUUCGGUCUGGUAAUCGACGCAGAAAAGGGGCUUGUUAUCAUUUCUAGAGCCAUCAUUCCCUUUGACCUCUGCGACAUCAACAUCACAGUUGCCGACUCAAUCAUUGUUCAAGGGAAAGUCGUCUUCAUGCAUCCUCUCCAGAAUUAUACCGUGAUUCAAUAUGACCCCAGUUUGGUGCAAGCGCCAGUCAAGUCAGCCAAGUUAAGCAAGGAAUAUAUGCAACAGGGUGCUGGAACCCUAUUCGUCGGCUUCAAUCAGAAUUUCCGCAUUGCUGUUACGGCAACGACUGUCACAGACAUCACUACUGUCGCGAUUCCCCCAAAUGCUUCUGCGCCUCGAUACCGCGCCAUAAACCUUGAUGCUAUUACGGUUGAUACCGGACUCAGCACACAAUGUACCAGCGGUGUUCUGUUGGGAGAAGACGGUGCUGUAGAGGCACUUUGGCUUAACUACCUAGGUGAGCGAACAGAGGGCUCUCAUAAGGACGUUGAAUACCACCUUGGUCUUGCAACUCCGUCACUUCUCCCGGUGGUCUCCCAGAUCCAAAGUGGCGCGAUCCCCAAGCUCCGCAUUCUGGAUAUGGAAACAUAUGUUAUUCAGAUGAGCCAGGCACGAGUUAUGGGCGUAUCCGAAGAAUGGAUUAGCAAAGUGGCCAUUGCCAACCCGGCACGCCAUGAGUUGUUCAUGGUUCGAAAGGUGGACUGCGCCUCUCCGUUGUCUACAGACUCGAGACCUCUAGAGGAAGGGGAUGUCAUACUUACGCUGAAUAACAAGCUUGUCACCCGCGUCGCAGACUUUGAUGCCAUGUACGACCAAGAGUUGCUGGACGCUCUGAUCGUGCGAAAUGGCGAGGAGAUGAAGAUACAAAUAAAAACAGUCCCCACCGAGGACCUCGAGACCGACCGAGCCCUGAUCUUCUGUGGCGCUGUUUUGCAGAAACCUCACCAUGCGGUGAGACAACAGAUAUCUAAAUUACACUCUGAUGUAUAUGUCAGCGCAAGGAGCCGUGGAUCGCCUGCCUACCAGUACGGCUUGUCUCCCACCAACUUUAUCACUGCAGUCAAUGGAGUAAAAACACCAGACCUCGACUCGUUCAUUGAACAGGUUAACGCGAUUCCUAAUAACACAUACUUCCGGUUGCGUGCUGUUACAUUCGACAACGUCCCUUGGGUAGUGACCAUGAAAAAGAAUGACCACUAUUUCCCCAUGUCUGAAUACCUUAAAGAUCCCACUUCCCCUUCUGGGUGGAAGACAAUCAGCCAUACACCUGACAGAAAACGUCGAGAUACAUAUGAUACGAACAAUCCCAAUGCCGACGCCAUGAUGGAGGAUAGAGAUGGCGAUGUAGAUGAUAUGGAGCCUGAGGUGGAUGAGUGA